AUUUAUAUCACGUAGUGCAUGCCUGAUCUGAUAAAUAUUCUUCCACUCUUAUGGCACCUGUAAUUAACAAUAAAAUUUUGUUUUAUAAAAAGCAAUCAAUAUAAGCAAUGAUUGAAUCGUGUACAAAAAAGCGAAUGUUAUUAGCAAUUACAAUAUUAGGCGGAUUGACAGUUAUCGUUCUAAUAGUUGAAAGUCAAUGGACUGAAAGUUCAAAUAAUAAACCAUAUCUUGAAAAUUUGGAACACAAUGCAACAUGUGCUAUUGAUGGAAAAUAUGAAAUAAUUUCUGAAUGUCAUCCUUGUACUGCAUUCGAAAUUGCUAGUAAAAGUAUUGGUGUUUGUAUGCAUGCGAGGUAUAAAGAAAUAAUAAAAUGUAAAAAUGAUGAAAUAAUUACUAGAAGUUGUGAUAGAGUGGCUUGGCUAGAAGAAUUAUCAUUUUUGAAAUUUGAAGGAUUUAUGUUUGUUUUAUCUAUGAUAUCAUGUGUAACUGUUUUCUGGCGAGAAAACGUACUGAGAAAGAGAAUUAUCCGUAAAGUUGCCCGACAACUCAGAUCAAGUGUAUAGUAUUGGUUACUAAAAUAAUU